CAAUCCGGGCGCUCAUUUCAUUACGUGGCGAACACAUAUCACAUGAUUUGAGGCGAGUCACAUGAACUGUGUUUAGUUUGAUUCGGGGCUGCUUGGGUAGUGUUUUUCAGUGAGCAGGAAGAGUGCAUUUUAUUGUCGUAUUUAUCAAAGUACUGGAUUAGACAGCUGCAGAAAAAUGAGAUUAGUAAUUCUUGAUGAGUACAAUCUGGCCAGCGAAUGGGCAGCAAAAUAUAUACGCAAUCGCAUUGUCCAGUUUAUGCCUGGUCCAGACAACUUCUUUACAUUAGGACUACCCACUGGAAGCACACCUUUGGGUUGUUACAAAAAGUUAAUUGAAUACCAUACAAGUGGGGACCUCUGCUUUAAAUAUGUAAAGACCUUUAACAUGGAUGAAUACGUAGGGUUACCAAGAGAUCACCCUGAAAGCUACCACUCUUACAUGUGGAACAAUUUCUUCAAGCACAUUGACAUUGACCCUGCCAAUGUCCAUAUUCUUGAUGGCAAUGCACCUGACUUGCAAAAAGAAUGUGAAGCGUUUGAACAAAAAAUUGCCGAAGCUGGGGGAAUUGACCUUUUUGUUGGAGGUAUUGGUCCUGAUGGACACAUUGCUUUUAAUGAACCAGGCUCCAGUCUGGUAUCCAGGACAAGAGUUAAAACUUUAGCAAAGGACACCAUUGUGGCUAAUGCUAGAUUCUUUGGUAAUGACAUGUCAAAAGUUCCAACAAUGACUUUAACAGUCGGAGUGGGAACAGUGAUGGAUGCUAGAGAGGUGAUGAUUCUCAUCACAGGAGCCCACAAAGCCUUUGCUUUGUACAAGGCGAUUGAGGAAGGAGUCAAUCACAUGUGGACAGUUUCAGCAUUCCAGCAGCAUCCUCGUACGAUCUUUGUCUGCGAUGAAGAUGCCACGUUAGAAUUGAGGGUUAAGACAGUGAAGUACUUUAAAGGUUUGAUGCAUGUACACAAUAAACUUGUGGACCCACUACACAGUAUGAAGGACUACACAAACUGAAGAAUGUUGAACCUGACGGGGAGGAAAAUUUAAAAUCUGAGAAACUUAACUCUUAAAGAGCAAGUCGUGUGGUUCUGAAAAAAUAUAGCUUUUACGUCCCCAUGUGUUGCUACAAGUAUUUCAAUAACGUACUGAUCAUUUUUCUUCUCAUUGUUAACAUCCUGGCAACUUUUUACACUUGCAACUUUAAAGUCUGUUUCAAAGUUAUUUUCAAAAUAGCCAUUCUAGUGCACUGGGGUUUGAGUUCUGUCCUCCUAAAAUCACUGCAGGAUUUAAAAACAAAACAAACAAAAAAAAACCAUAACAAGUGCUCUGGCUUUUCUGUUUUGUACCACAGCAUGGAUCGUUAUUGCAGUGUUACCCUUUUGACCAUGUGGGCAAUAAUCCUUACAAUAUCUGUGCACUAGGUGGCCAUUUUGAAAAGAGAUUUGAAACAGACAUUAGUUAAUGUGUAAAAAGUUGUCGGGUUGUUAACAAUGAAAAGAAAAAUGAAACGUUUUUUAAACAGUUGAAGCAACACACUGGGACGUGUAAUGCUAUAUUUUUCAGAACCCUGCUGCUUAUUCCAAGUACUAUGCAGAGAUGUCAGGUGUACAGGUCUAGUACUGUAUCCAGUAUUAAACACUCCUUUUAAUAUAAAACACUCCUAAAGUGUAUUUUUUUGUUAGAUUACAGCAUGAGUUGAAAGUGCAAACAGUGAACCUUGUCUUUCAUUUUCUGUUUUGUAGAAGCUGUUACUUCUGUGCAAUUAAGUUUAUUUUUAAAACACAAAACCAGCUACCAUUAGUUUUCAAUGACUUAUUUUAAUAUAGGCCACAAUUAAGAGCAUGUGUCUGUAUAGAACUGGUAGCAUGAACUCUUUUGCACUUUCAAUAAAGAUAAUUUGAAAAAUAAACUGUUACACCGUUAGCAGACUGUUACUGUAUUCAACUACACAAACCGGGAGUGUACUGUUUCUUACUCUCAAGCACGUGCGAUCUUUAAGAAUUAUUAUUUUAUACAGUAUGCAUGCAUUAAACAUUAUUUACAACUUAUGCGUUUAGGGUUUAAAUAUAUGUAUUCAUUGCAGACCUUUAUUUGUUUGCUGACAAUGGAACUGUACUGUAAUAAUGCAUUACACACAUUUGUUAAAAACUUUUUGAUCUCAUUCACAUGAAAAUAUCUAGCUAAUUAUUAUUGUUCUGUAUCUUAGUCAUAUGUCAUCUAUGUUACUAAAUGUGGUGCCAAAAUGAUGCCUUUUGUUUAAAUACAUCAAAUACAAGUUUCUGGUGCAUGUUGGUACCUGUACAUGUAUCUCCUUAUACUUUAUUAAAAAGAGUAGUUAACAGAAAUAAA